GUGUAAUUCGACAGUGUAGCUACUGGCUUAGUUUAUCUGAUCGGCACCGCGCAAGACAGUUUCUUUAUUUCAGAGCGCUCCUUCUCUGCGAUUAUUUGUUGGUUUCCGAUAACAAUCGUAUUAUCUUAUUGGAAUUUUAAAUUGUAAUGCAUCGAAAUUAAUAUAAAUCAUUUAUGAAAAAAAAAUUCUGUUCUUAUUCCCGGAAUUUGUUGUUUUAUUGUUUCGUUCGACCGCUACUCGUUGCCAAGAUCGAUUUGCGUUUUACCAUACUUUCAACAAAGUGUAAUAAAAAAUGGGGAGAACGAAAGUGAUUAAGUAGAAUUUCAUAUAUGACAUAAAAGACAUUUUGUGAUUGACAAAAAAAAUAUUGAUGAAGCUGCGCGCGUACGUCCUGUCACGAAUGAUCAAUUUGCAACUGGAAUUGGAUCAGUUCGGACCAAGACAAAAUGUGAUACGGAGUAAUUAAUUAAACGUUGUACAUUUUUUGUUGUCUCCUUGUGAAUAACCACCUCUAAUUAAUCGAGAAAUUUCGAGAGACGACUGCAAAAUCUGGACUAUGAUCGGACAAGGUGAGACCUUGAAUCCUUGUUGAAAUGGAGUUUCGUCACACCAAACACGUGCAUUCAUGAACUUUGUUGAACAGACUUUUACAUUCCCAAUUGAACAUACGAAUUUUCUAAACGAAUGAUUUUAUCUCACGUAAUCAGUGAAUAAGACUACAAAUCCCCAUUUGUGAUCUAUUACAAUUUUAAAACGAGUCAACAUCGACGAUAACCAAGAAAACAAUUUUUGCGUUGCAAAAAAUCGGCGAACAUACAAUUUCUGUGGUUCUGUUUAAAAGUGCACAAACAACAAUUGGAAAUACUGUCAGUGACAAACCAUGAUCGCCAUCACCAAGGUUUUCUGUCGUGACUGCAAAGUUUAGUUUUGUACCUUUGGUGACAAAACAGAUAAUUUUUUUCUUGGACUUCAAGUCAUUUUUAAUCUACAAAGUUUAUGAAUUUUUUACAAGACAUAUAUGCAUAUAGAGUCCAGGACAUCGGAUGAUCAUUUGUAAAUGCUACCAUAUUUCCAAGACUAUAUAAAUACUAUUUUCAAAACUUAGCAAUGGAGUCAUGCGCAGUGAAAAGAAACAGCCCGUUAGAGACGCAAUAUUCUAUAACGAACUCCGAAUCUAGCGAGUCAGAUUAUGCAUCAACGCCUUCGUCGGAUUUAAAUGAUGAAUCACAGGAACGAAACCUGAAAAUAGAUGGGUCAGCAUCAAAUUCGAUGGCUUUCCAUCGUGAAAGUUCGUUUGCAAGACGAAAAGUUUCAACAUGUUCAAAUACAUCCUCGACAAAUUCCACAUGUCACAGCCUCGAUGAGGGUGAUUCUGAAUCUGAAAUAAAUUCAACUUGCCACUACUCCGAUUUCAAUGAUACCUUAAUCGGGAACAAUAGAUAUGACGACAUUAUCGACAGAAUCGUCAGUCUUGGCUUCUCUCGAGAUAGGUCCAACGUCGAUGCAAAGAUAACGGACGCUAAUGUAAAAGUUGUAAAGAGAGUUACAGAAUCGACGGAAAAUUUUUCAAACAGCAAUGACAAAGAUAAUUUUAAAUUGGAUGAUAUCAACGGAAAUUAUGAGGCUAAAAGGGAUAAAAUAAGCCCAGAUAACUCCCUCGAUAAUAAGAGUAUCAAUGAAAGUGAGGAAAGCGAUAACGAUAAUGAUCUUGUGGAACGUGGGCCCGUGAGACCUCAUAAUAUCAGCCAAUCUCAUCACGAAAAACCUUAUUACACUCUCAAUUGGGUAACUUCAACUGGACAAAAUGUAGACCACAACCAAUUUUACAUGCCUCAUUAUGAUUGUGUCAGCGAAAUGAUUCAAGACAAAUCUUUAUACGAAAAACUUGAUCCCUCCAUUGAUAAACUUUCAAAAGAUAAUCACUUCGACCAAAGUUAUUCCAAUAAUGGCGAACAAACGAUCUACAAUGACUUUAAUGCUAUCAGUGGAUGGUCCACUCCAGAAUUCAAUUACGGAGAUGCGGGUACACCUAACAGCAAUAUCUCAGGGGAAGAUGUGAGCAAUGCUCAAAUACCAUCAAUAGUCCUCAGCGACGGAGACUCGAUCCUUGAAAAGUUGACGAGCGGUGCUUAUCAACCGGCUCAAUCAAUAUGCGACACAGCUAGCUCACAUCAUCCGUCACCAGGAGCAGUGAGUUCAGAACAUUGGCCAGAUUCGCCUGCAAGCAGUCAGCACCGCGUUCGACCAUCACGAUCUCACAGUCGAGCGUCAAGUCGUGCUCAAUCACCUGGUUCAAGUGUCAACAUUGGCUCACCCCUGUUACAUCAAAAUGAUAUUGGAAGUCCCCCGCAAUUACAUCCUACCAUGGGAAAUUUCAGGGUUUAUCAGGCAUUGUCAUCAUCCGAAUCAUCCAAUCAUUCCUUCGGUGACACGUCGAGUCCACCGAGCUAUGAUAACGGUAUCGAUCAGAAAGCGGAAGAACAGUUGGGUGUAGACUUUGAUAGCUUUUCCACGUGUUAUCCGAACUACGUGUCGUCAGACACCCUCGUCAAUACCACAGAGAUAAUUGAUGCGAUCGUCAAUAAUGAGAUUCAACGUGUCGAAGAAGCUCGAAGCAGAUGCGAGGAAGAAAACGAACUGACACAAAAUGUACUAACUCUCCGCGAAACAAAACCGCCCUGCAAUGACUACGAAUUUGCAGAUUAUAGCUUUGAACAACAAUUCGACAAUAAUCUUGUAUCGAACGAUACGAGCCUCCGUACACAAGGCAAACAAGGCCAAACGAUUGAUAAUAUAUUCAACGAUGUUAUCGCUUCGGGAUCACACAACAAAUCAAAGAUCUUUAACACGAGAUUCAAUCUAUCAGCAUUAAGUAAUAUAAAAAAUCAGGUUUAUCCUGCAAUUGAAAUUACUCAGUCUGAGAAUCCAAACAUGUUGAUGAAUACAACGACAAAUGAUCUCGUUGGACCUGAUUUCUACGGUGGUGACGCCGAUCAAUUCUCGCCUGCUCAAAAUCUGCUAGAUUUUGAUAGUAGUAUCGAGAGUCUUUUUGGACCGGGUGAUGCUGAUUCCUCGCCAGCAAUCAAUAAUUUUCGCACGAUCAACGAUUCAUUAACACCAAUAGCUACUGUCAACAAUUUAAGCAGGACUAAAACCACAGAGACUUCACCAAGUAAUGGAAGUCAUGACAAAUACCUCCAUAAUACAACAAAACAAUUUGAGGAAAAAAUAUCAGGGUCUCCAUUCAAUGAAUUUCAAAUACCAGAGACGGUGUCUGCCUUUCGCCAAAAUCAUCUUCGAAAAAAUUUAGAACAUCACGUCGCACCCUGGCCAUGUUUAAAUCUGCCUGAAACAGCGGCAAGUAAAAGAUUGAAAGCUAAAUUGGACCCUCGCGAGGUUGAAAAGGCGAUGAAAGAUUUGCUGAAAAGAUCACCAGAAGAAUUAGCCACUCAGGACGAAGACGGUGACACAAUGUUGAUGUGUUUGGUUGGUAAUCCUCGAGAGCUCGAAAAGAAAAAAGCCUACCUCGUUCCACUUGUCGAGAGGCUCAGUAACGUUAGCGAUGCUCUGGUCAAAACGAAUAGUCGCAAUCAAGAUGCAUUGUAUUUGGCUGCAAUGUACUGUCCGCAAAUGGCGUAUGUUACUGGUUACCUGGCUGCGAUAAUGCUUCAGAAAAGGAUCGACAUUAGCCAGAGACUUUACCAUGGUCAAAACUUAGUCCAUUUGUUGGCGGCGAAGGGCGAUACUCAUGCAUCAGUCUUGGCUGAGCUAUUGGCGCUCAAAACAAGUCAAGGAAAUCGGGUGUUCGAUUUAUCUCAGCGUAAUUACAGUGGUAAAACGCCUCUUCACGUGGCAGUAGAAUCUCACGAUCCAACCGGAUCAGGUGUAAACAGCAUUGGCGUAACACGAUUGUUGUUACACAAUGGAGCUGAUCAAAAAGUCCAACAGACUGAAUACAGAAAUACGGCUUUACACAUAGCAGUAUCUUUGUGUCGUGAUCCCGCUCUUAUUGAGGUUUUGCUGAACAACAACGGUCACGAAGUCGUCAACAUGCCGAAUAACCUGAACAAUACACCAGUCCAUUUGGCGUUCGCGUUACCAAAUGGUGUACCAAUAGACAAGCAAAUUCAAGUUUGCAUAAAUCUGAUACAAGCUGGUGGGCGAAUGGACUUACAGAAUAGUCGAGGAAAUACUCCGUUCGCCCUAGUACUACCGGAAAGAAAAGACACAAUAACAAACAUAUUUUUCAAGAAUAAAAAUCUUAACUAUGAUUUCUCUCAUCGUUAAUUAAAGAUAAAUCACGCGUUUUCUGUUACAUUUUAUCUCAUGACUCGCAUAAAUACCUUUUGUAACAACUUAUAAACAUCGGUCAGAGAUACUCAAAUAGAAAAACUGGAAAAAGUGAUGAAUGACGUUCAUUUGCUUAGAUCAUCAAUUAUAUCAUUUGACAGGAGUAGAAGAAACAAAUGUUCGUCAAGAAAAUAGAAAAAAUAUCGAUUUCAUAUUUUGGAUUGAAAAUAUUAUUUGUUAUCGGGAGCACUUCAUGUGAAAUGUGUAUAUUUACUGAUGAUAGUAUACUAACAAUAAGUAAUAAAAUACGAAUGAGAAUUAUAUUUAAUGAAUCUUCAACGAAUUAAUGGUUUUAUGGAUGUGUCUUGCUGGAACUGCGGUAGAUAUCAUGUCAUCAAAUAUAUAGGAAAAACAACAGAUAUGUCGAGUGAAAGGUGAAAUUUUAUUUUUAAAAAUCGUAUAAAUAAAGCCCAGUACAUAAAUAUUUGCGGCAGGAUUUUACUUUAGAUGCCCGAAAAAAGCUAUUUUAAAGAAUUUUUAAUAAAAUUAUGUAUGAAGAACACAUUUAAAAAA